AUGAUUGAUAUUCCAGAAACCGGCGCUGUGUUUAUCAUUGGAGACAGUGGGCUGAAAAACAAUCAGGAAAAUUAUUUUUUCAUCAAAAAUGAUCCCGUGCAGAAAAUUUAUGCGAAUAAUUACGGGCAAAAUGGAGUUGUUUGUGAAUCUGGUCGCCUUUUCGUUUGGGGAAACAAUCAAUAUGGACAAUUGGGUGUCAUGGGACCCUAUAAAGAGGUUGUCACUAAACCAACGCUCGUUCGAGAGUUCAAACUCAUGAAAAUAAAAGUCAAGGACGUCGCUUUUGGAUAUCAAUUCACUGUCGUACUCACAGACAACAACAAAAUCUACUACGCUGGUCGAAGUAUCUUCCCCCCGAAAUCAAUGAUUUUCAGUUUUAAGGAUAAAUUUCAAUCGCAUCCCGACACAACGGAGUUCACCGAUGUCUUUCUCGAGUUGUCCGAAUUCGAUUAUUACACGGAAUUGGAGUUGAAAGAGUUCGAGCGAGUUUUUGCCGGCGGAAAUCAUUUCGUCGUGCAAACGCAAUGCGGCAAACUCAUCGGAUGGGGACAACCAGGCGGCGGGCAAUUAGGUCCUGUGGAUGUUUAUCGCAUGGGACGCGAACCAAUGUACUUGGGAAUGGAAAAUGUCAAGACCGUUAUUUGCGGCAACGAAUAUACUUUGGUGAUAACGAACGCGAAUGAGGUUUUCGUAACGGGAAAAUUUAAUUCGACUUUUCAACAAUUUUUCAAUCAAAUGAACACAAGCAGCAUCGAGGCUCGGAUUGAUUUCAUGCACGUGUCAAUGAUCGAGGAAGUUUGCGUGAUUACGGAUCAACGAGAUAUUUACAUCAGCAAAAGUAACGACAAAUUGAGCGAUUUUUCGUUUCACAAGCUGAAACUCAUGGAACAGUGUGAUCGGAUUGUGCAACUCGAGAGCGGCAGCAAUUUUUUGAGUUUUGUCACGGAAACGGAGAAAUUUUUCACAAAUUUUCGCGAUACCGACGACUUGACGGAAUAUCCGGAAUUUCAUGAGCUCGAAAGAUUCAACAAAUUUCGCAUCACUUCCUUCAAAUGUGGCCUCACGUACGUUUUGGUCAAAGGAAUCCCGAAAACUGGAUACACAAAUAUCGGAAUGGCGAUCGUGGGAGACGAAAAUUGGACAAAUGGCAAUCAAGCAACGGCUACAAUUCGCACCGGAGGCAUUGAUGGGUUCUCUCAGGCAUCGACAAUUCACCCUUACGACGAACAAAUGAACCCGAAUCAACGUUCGCCGCGACCUUUUCAUCAUGCGACGUCACUUCAUGGCAUGAAUUUGUCUCAAGCUCCUCCGAAAAUUCGUUUUAUCGAAGAUGGCAUCGAACGUGAGGCGGAAAUGGCGAGAAUUCGAGCAAAUCCGGCUGCCGGGGUCAAUUUAAAUCAAUAUCUGGGGGCGCCAAUUGCUUAUGAGAUCCCGUUGAACGACACAAAACCUCGUUGCACGAAAGAACAAACACGACGGAUGAUUUUGGCGGAAAACGAGGGAUCCCAAUUUUACUAUCAGCAACAUCCGCAGCAGCAAUAUGUGCAAAAAGUCGCUGCAAAUAAGCCUCGGGUGCGAAUUAAAACGCCGAUGCCGCGUGAAAAAGCCGCUACUUAUCCCCGAAGUCAGUAUUCGUCGGGCCCCUCGACUGCCGAAAGUGAUCACAGUGUCGACGACGACUUGAAUCGCGUGCCGAAAGAGGGAAAAGUGCACAAAUUCUUCCGCGAACUCAAGGAACGUGCACUCGAGUUCGAGGAAAGCUGCAAAGACUCGAACAACGUUGUGCUCGACGGUAAGUCUAAAUCUGUUGUCGGUUGUCUUUGGGCAUCUGGCGCGACAAAUACACUGACGCUCGUUUCAUUACAGACAAAGAGAUACGAACAGCGAAUGACUUGGCGAUUGCUAAACAUCUUCCAAACUCCUUUAUUUGUGUCAUACAAUAAGAAAUUCGUUGAAAUGAAGAAAUAA